AUUUUUAUUAAAAAUCUCUACUUUCAGGCUUUUUUUAUUUUUAUUUUUUAUUUUUCUCUCUCUCGCAUUGGAUUUGGAGGUCUAUUUCAUUCCCUUAUAAUCCUCUAAGCUGCAUCCGCUCGCUGCAAAAAGUGUUUCACAUAUUGUUUCCUGGAGUUUUAGCUCUAAAAGAUCCACCAUUUUUCUCUUCAUUCAAAAGGCAAUAGUUGAAGAAGGAGGAAAUUCUUGGUAUUGGUUGGUGGUGGUCUCGGGUAGUUGAGAAGGUUCAGAUCUAAAGCAUAAAGAAUUAUGUCGUUCAUUGGCACCCAACAGAAAUGCAAGGCCUGUGACAAGACAGUUUAUCCAGUAGAGCAACUGUCAGCUGAUGGGGUCGCUUACCAUAAGUCUUGCUUCAAGUGCACCCACUGCAAAGGAACUUUGAAGCUAAGCAAUUAUUCCUCAAUGGAAGGUGUUCUGUAUUGCAAGCCUCACUUCGAGCAACUCUUCAAGGAGACAGGAAAUUUCAACAAGAACUUCCAGUCUCCUGCAAAGUCAGCUGACAAGCUAACUCCAGAGCUGACUAGGUCUCCAAGCAAAGCUGCCAGCAUGUUCUCUGGGACACAAGAGAAAUGUGCCACUUGUGGUAAAACGGCAUAUCCACUGGAGAAGGUGACAGUGGAGAGUCAAGCUUAUCAUAAAUCAUGUUUCAAGUGCUCCCAUGGUGGCUGUCCUAUAACUCCGUCAAAUUAUGCAGCGCUAGAGGGAAUUUUGUACUGCAAACACCAUUUCUCUCAGCUUUUUAAAGAAAAAGGGAGCUACAACCAUCUUAUCAAGUCUGCAUCUAUUAAGCGUGCAGCAGCAGCCUCUGUUCCGGAAGCAUAAGUGCCUAAUUUUUAUGGUGUGGUUACAUAUCAUUUUUUCUUUUUCUUUUUUUUUUUUUUAGUUUUUUAUUUUUGAGUGUGUUGUUCGCCCCCCCCAACACUAGGCCAAUCCAUAUUGGGAAGGACUGGCAAAACUUGGUUCUUCUCUGUUGUCUAUGGCUCAUCUGUGUUGGGCAUAUUGUUGUGUUUGCUUGUUUUUAUGGGAUGUGAAUCCAACGGUUGUAAAAUGACAUGGUCAGUAUUUCCUUUGCAGUAAAAUUCCAUGUUGUCUCCA